AUGAACUCACACCGCGCUGACCAAAGAAUCACUGAUGCUUCCCCCUCGAUCAGAGAUGUCUGCCGUAAACACUCACUCCACUGCCCUCUCAAGGGCACCAGCGCCGACCCUCCCCUGGCAAAGCGCGGCCAGAAGCCGAGGGCGUGCGACGCGUGCUUCCGCAGCCGGCUGGCCUGCGACAACGACCUGCCCUGCUCCAGGUGUCUGGGGCGGAGUAUCCAGUGCAGCUACGCGCGGUUGAACGUGCCGCCGGCCAAGGACGGCAACGUCAUCACGGGGCAGGCGACCAUUCAGCGCUCCUCCGGCCCGGCAGCACAAGCGACGCCGCGGCGGAGGGCAGCCUUCCAGACCAAGAGCAGCAGCCCCGUGGUGACCAUCGAGAACGGCAGCGUGACGGAGCAGCAGCACCACGCGCAGUACCAGCAGCUGCCGACGCCGCUGACGCUCGCGAGCCCCAGCCCCACGGCCACGCAGCGCGCAGACACGCCCAGGGAGCCCGACGGCGACGAGAAGAUGGCGGCGGCGUCGUUCCUCCUCAGCCUGACCAACCCGCAGUCGGAGUCCAUGGUCAAGGCGCUGAUCAACGAGCCGGGCCGCGACGAGGCCUUUGACGACACCUCCAUGACGGGCGGCGACGCGGGCGCCAGCAGCAGCAACGACGCCAGCAGCAACCUCAUCCCGCCCGACGUCGACCUCGCCGCCGACGCCGCCCUGCUGACCGGCGCGAGCUUCUUCCCCUGGAGCAUGGGCUCGCAGCCGAUGGACCUGGGAGGAGGCUGCGGGUACGACUACAGCACGCCCGAGGCGGAGUCGCCGCCCGCCGCCGGCCGGGGAGCGUGCGACAUGGCGCAGCAGGCGGCGUGCGCGGCCAUGGUGGCGGCGCUGGAGGAGACGCACGCGCGGCUGGUGGUGGGCGGGCGGGUCGGCGGCGAGGAGGACGGGGCGUGCGAGGGCGGCGGCGGCGGCGUCUACACGGCCGGGCUGGCGGCCGAGGUGCUGGCGCCGGGCAACGUGCGCGCGUUUGUGGCGCGGUACUUUCGCAACGCGCACCUCGACUUCCCGCUGCUGCACCGCGCGUCCUUUGCCGUCGAGACCGCCGCCCCGGAGCUGCUGCUGGCCGUGCUGCUGUGCGGCUCGCUGUACAUGCCCCCGACCGACAGCGCCCUCUCGGCGCGCAACCUGUUCGACCUGGCCGAGGAGCUGGCGUUUCGGCGGCUCGCGGUCGGGCUGGCGGCGGCGGAGCGGGCGGACGGCGGCGGCGGUGAGGGCCCCGUUUCCUGCCCGCCGCGGCUGUACGAGACGCUGCAGGCUGCGCUGAUUGUGCACGCUCUGCAGAGCACCAUGCGGAGCUCGACGGCGAGGAGGCGCAACAGGACCGUCCGGCUGCCUGCGCUGGUGUCUGCUGUUCGCGUGCUGGGGCUGGCCAAGACGAAGCACGCAGUGGCGGAUUUGAUGAUGAUGGCGCCCGAGGCGCGCUGGGCCCAGUUUGUGCAGGCCGAAACUCGCAUCCGGAUUUCAACUUGGACGCUCUUGUCCGACUGCCAACAGAGCGGCGUCUUCCACUGCCCACAGCUCAUGACGACGCUCGAAAUGACGGGCAGCCUUCCAUGCCUGCCCGAGCUGUGGAACGCCGCAAGUCAUUCGGAGCUCGACCAGGUUAUUUGCGCCAGCGGCAGGGACUGCCUGGUCAGGGGCGCAUCGAUACGCGUGGCUGUGGAAACCCUGAUGGCAGAAAACUGGGACGGACCCGAAGCGUUCCCCGUCAAGCCGCUGACGCUGCCAGACCUGCAGGUGCUAGUAUUCUCGAUCCACAGCAGCAUGCGCAACGCGCGCUUCGCCUCGAUCCUCCCCGCGGCGGCGCCCGUGGUGGCCCGCGCCAUCGACCGCUGGCAGGAGCUGUGGGACCUGGCGGCGCGCGGGCUGACGGCCGAGGAGCUCAGCCGGCGCGGCCUGGUGCGGCACUCGGGCGAGCUGUGCUGGCUGGCCCGCGUGAUGCUCGACGUGUCCAUGUCCGAGGACGCCGAGAGGUCGUCGGCCUACCUGCAGGGCGUGGCCCACGACUCGCUGGAGGAGCUGCAUGCUUUUCUGAGGGUCUAUUGUUCGUUGGAUGACUGA